AUGACAAUAAAAAAAGAGGAGCAAAACUACCAACCACAAGAAGCUAUUCUAGAGAACAUUUGGGCUAACUACGUAGGUGAAUCAACAUCGGAAAUUUUUCAAGAUUGGACAGAAAUACCUUGUUUAGAAGAGAAAGAAGGAACUCCAUUCGCGCUACAAAGGCUACCAAGCCUAGGAAGAUGGAUGUCAAUGGGUGCCGAAACAUGGGAACAACUCCUUAAUGGCAAUGUCAUCCCUAGUACUAGUACAAACCCUUGCGAGGAGGGCAAUAUAAGCGAAAGGGGGAGAUAUGAUUCGAGCGAAAGCAUGGAGAAAUCUAACCGAAUUGUACCAGAUCGACAUUAUAGAGGUGUACGAAGGCGACCAUGGGGAAAGUACGCGGCUGAGAUAAGGGACUCUACAAAGAAAGGAGCUCGAGUUUGGCUUGGAACGUUUAAUACAGCCGAAGAUGCUGCUUUGGCUUAUGAUAAGGCAGCCUUAAGAAUUAGAGGAGCUAAAGCUUGUCUUAAUUUUCCAAUUGAGGUUUUAAACAAAGGUAUUGGAAGGCAAUAUGAGCCUUUGGAAGAAAAGAAUGGUUGUAAUCCAUGGAAAAGAAAAGCGAGAUCAGAUUGGGAUUUGCAAAGUAAUUAUUAUUGUAAUAACUUGAUGAUGGAGCAGCCAUCAUUGAAGAGAUCAAGAGAUAACAUGGAGAAUUCACUUAAUGCUCAAGAUGAUGUACUCGAGUUGGAAGAUCUUGGGAGUGAUAUCUUGGAAAAUUUGCUUUCCUUGACUACAUGAUUGUAAUUAAGUGUUGUAAAUAAUAUUUUGUUGUUCAACUACUUUGGUGUAUCAUGAGCUAGAUCUUUUUUUCCUUCCAAAAAUUUGAUCUGAAAUUUAUGUAUAUUUUCUAGUUAUAGAGAUGGUAAGUAGGUAACUUCCGAUUUGUCCCCCUUCAUAGCUUCGUCAAGAAAGACAAGGGUAACUUGUUGUCAUAAAGAGGUCACUUAUGGUUGGAGUGACCUAUUUAAGGUAUAAGGCGACCCAUUAUC